AUGCAAGAGUUCAUUAAACUUCGUCAAGGAGGUAUGAGUGUGAAAGAGGAUGCUCUAAAGUUCAUCCAACUUUCCAAGUAUACUCCAACCAUAAUGGCGGAUUCGAGGGCUAAGAUGAAUAAAUUUGUGAUGGGAGUGUCCGACAUGGUAGUCAGCGAAUGUCAUUCAGCAAUACUUAUCCCAAGCAUGGAUAUUUCACGUCUCAUGGUGCAUGACCAAAAAAUCGAGGAGUCAAAACUCAAGAAAAAGAAUAGGGAGGUGAAAAGAGCUAGAACCAGUGAUGGGAAUUUCUCCAAUGCUAGGUCCGAUGGACAAGGUCAACAAAAGUUCAAACCAAGGUAUUCCAACCAAUAUUCCUCAAAUGCUUCUCCAACGGUCAACAAGGAUAGGGUGCCCAACCCUAAACCUGAAGGAGGUAAUAGUGGUGGUUCUUAUGUGAAUAGGCCUAAUUGUACAAAAUGUGUGAAAAAUCAUGAUGGUAAGUUCCUAGCCGUCACUGAUGUUUGUUAUGGUUGUGGUAAAGGUGGUCAUCAAUUGAAGAACUUCCUAACACUUACGGCCAAAGGGAGAGAAGGUAAGCAAGCUCCUCCAAGCGGUUCAAACUCCAAUGCUAAAAAAUAA